ACCAGUUUCCGAGAAGAACGACGGAAAAUCGCACCUUCCCUUCAAAUUUUGUUUAGAUGCAGGUCAAUCAAUUUAGAUGCUGAUCGUCUGGUUUCUUGACCAUAUCUGCACAUAUGCACACAGAUGAAAUCAUCAGAUCUUAAAAGAUGAUCAAUUUUUAGGGUCCAUAAUCGUGAAUCUCCUUCCAAAAUAGGAAGAUCUAGAGUUGGUAAUUGAUCCUCAGAGAUGAAGGUGGUGUGCAUACUGGACAGUUGGGGACGGACUGUUGGCGGGGUCAACAACGACACUAAAUCCCAAGUAACGUCCACUACAAACCAGCUGUCCAUCCUACAAGACUCUCGUAGAGAAGCUCUCGCCGUUACUGUAAAAGUCUCUAAAAGUCUCAAUGUGACGCUGGAGCACCUGCUGUUUCAGAAGCUUGACUUUGGGGAAACAGACAUCCUUGACAAUUUUUACAAUGCGGACGUGGUCGUAGUAGAUAUGUCUAUUCCUGUACAACAGUCUGCACUCUUCUACCACAUCGGUGUGCGGCAAAGCAUGGGCAUGAAACACAACAUUAUUCUCUUCUACGACACUGACCCUGAACAGUCGCUUUCUUUGAAGGUCAUGGAAAUACAGAAAAAAGACUGCUACCUGUUCUAG